GAACAGAGUCUGUGGGCUAACAGCAACCAGAAUUGAAAGGAAGGAAAGAAAAAAGAGGAGUGAACAAAAGCAACUCCUGUCUUCCUUUCUUGGAAAACAAGUUCGGUUUCGAGAAAACCGGGUUCUUCUCUCUUUCAAUAACAAUACAGACAACGCCCACGUCAAACAUCUUCGCCCUUUUUUCUCUCUCCUUUAUCACAAAAUUCGACAUCUGUGGUUAUAUGUAUAUAUAAAUAAGAGAGAAAAUGCGGAGAUUCGUGAUUGGCAGAGCUAAGAACCUCCUCAACCGCUCCUCUCAAUAUCAACCUAAACGUCAACAUCAAAGCUUUGAUCUUCCUGUGCCUUCUCAUUCACGUUUCUUAUCUUCGACUUCUGUUCUUGAUUUCCCUUCUUCUUCUUCACCUAUGGCUCCUCUCUCUCUUAAUACUAUUAAUCCGAAGGUUUUGGAAUGUGAAUAUGCUGUCCGUGGUGAGAUUGUCACCAUUGCACAGCGGUUACAAGAAGAGUUAAAGAGUAACCCGGGUUCUCAUCCUUUUGAUGAGAUUCUUUACUGCAAUAUUGGGAAUCCUCAGUCUCUUGGUCAGCAGCCGAUAACAUUUUUUCGAGAGGUUCUUGCAUUAUGCGAUCAUCCUGCUAUUUUGGACAAAAGUGAAACACAGGGUUUGUUCAGUGCUGAUGCCAUUGACCGAGCUUGGCAGAUUCUUGAUCAAAUUCCUGGAAGAGCAACUGGUGCUUACAGUCACAGUCAGGGUAUCAAGGGAUUACGUGAUACAAUUGCUGCUGGAAUUGAAACUCGUGAUGGUUUUCCUGCUGAUCCAAAUGAUAUUUUCUUGACAGAUGGCGCAAGUCCAUCGGUUCAUAUGAUGAUGCAGUUACUGAUUAGAUCAGAAAAGGAUGGAAUACUCUGUCCCAUUCCUCAGUACCCUUUGUAUUCUGCCUCAAUUGCUCUCCAUGGUGGCAGUCUGGUUCCGUACUAUCUUGAUGAAGCAACUGGGUGGGGAUUGGAAAUCUCUGAGCUUAAGAAGCAAUUGGAGGAUGCCAGGUCUAAAGGUAUUACUGUCAGGGCAUUAGUCGUAAUAAAUCCUGGCAACCCAACAGGGCAGGUUCUUGCUGAGGACAACCAGCGAGCAAUUGUAGAGUUCUGCAAGCAAGAAGGUCUUGUUCUUCUGGCAGAUGAGGUUUAUCAAGAAAACGUAUAUGUUCCAGAGAAGCAGUUUCACUCAUUUAAGAAGAUUUCCCGGUCUAUGGGCUAUGGUGAAGAGGAUAUAUCUCUAGUAUCUUUCCAGUCUGUGUCUAAAGGGUACUAUGGAGAAUGUGGAAAGAGAGGAGGUUAUAUGGAGGUCACUGGGUUUGCUCCUGAAAUAAGGGAGCAAAUAUACAAAGUGGCAUCUGUGAAUCUUUGUUCCAAUAUUUCUGGCCAAAUUCUAGCCAGUCUUGUCAUGAGUCCGCCCAAGGUUGGAGAUGAAUCCUAUGAUUCAUAUUCUGCAGAGAAAGAUGGAAUCCUGUCAUCCCUUGCAAGACGUGCAAAGACAUUGGAAGAUGCAUUCAGCAAUUUGGAGGGUAUCACAUGUAACAAGGCAGAAGGAGCAAUGUAUCUCUUUCCCUGCAUUCGUCUGCCUGAAAAGGCAAUUAAAGCUGCAGAAGCUGCGAAAAAAGCUCCAGAUGCGUUCUAUUGUCAGCGUCUUCUCAAUACAACUGGAGUAGUUGUUGUUCCUGGUUCUGGCUUUGGACAGGUUCCUGGCACAUGGCAUUUUAGGUGCACCAUACUGCCUCAGGAGGAUAAGAUUCCGGCAAUUGUAUCUCGCCUGUCGGAGUUCCACAAGGGUUUCAUGGAUGAGUUUCGUGACUGAGCGGAUUUGCUGCCUUAGCAAUCAAGAGAGUUGCACAAUAAGAUGUAUCCGGAAAUGUUAAAAACACAUAGAUUAACCAUGCCUUGGUGCAUUUUGUUAUUUCUGCCAAGGAAAUAGACAUUUUCCAUACUCCAUAUAGAGGUAGCAAGUGUUUUCUGUACUAUACGUAAAUCUGCCUGUCAAAGAGGAUACCUCUUUUUUGGACAUUCAACUCUUAUGAUCCUUAAAUGACUUCUAAAAGGGUAUGUAACUUUUUGUGAAAGGCUUAAUCGUUAAAUAAAUUACAUACUUUAUUAAA